GCUCAGGGGGAGCAAGCCCCGGCUGGGACCACCCCUUCCACCCCCCAAAUGUGUAGACUCUCCAGGGUGGAGAACAGAGGUCUCCUGCCUGUCUCCUCUGCCUACCCCCGGGGCCUGGAGACACAGGGCUCAGGAAGAGGAGGGAGAAGAGGAAGAUGAAUAUGAGCUGCCCCCCUGUGAGGCUCCGCUCAGGAAAUUAGUCCCUGCCCACCUUCCUGGAACCGAAGAGGACUCUUUGUACCUGGAUCACUCUGGCCCCCUGGGCCCAUCCAAGUCAUCAGCACUGGAGCCUGAGCCCGAAAAGCUGAAGUCAGCCCUGAACCUGCAGGAAGCCGUGAGGCAGAGACAGCCUUCUGGGUGGCGAGAGCUGACUGCACCAGCCCGCGUGGUGCCAGGCUCUGCAAAGGAACCUGAAGAGGACAUCUACCUGGAGUGUGAGCCCAGCCCAGUCCCUGCUUUGCCUCAGACUCUGAGCUCCCAGGGCCCGAUGCCCCCAGUCCCUCUGCCAAGGACAUCAGUAGUACACAGGCCCACCAGAGCCCCCCAAGAAGCCCAGAAUGAAGCCGCGAAUGCCAUCUCAAAAGGAAGGAGCUCCUCUCUGUCCUCUGCAGCCCCCACCAGAAGCACCGCAGCUGCUGAGGACAGCGGCCUGCUGGAUCAGCCUUGGUACUCAGGGAACUGCGACCGACAUGCUGUUGAGAGUGCUCUGCUCCAAUGCCAAAAGGACGGGGCCUACACCGUGCGCCCCAGCUCAGGCCCCCGUGGCUCCCAGCCCCUCACCCUGGCAGUGCUUCUCCAUGGCCGGGUCUUCAACAUUCCCAUCCGGCGGCUGGAUGGUGGGCGCCACUAUGCCCUGGGCCGGGAGGGCAGGCACCACGAGGAGCACUUCUCCUCUGUGGUGGCCAUGGUCCAGCACUACAUGCAGCACCCCCUGCCCCUUGUGGACAGACACAAUGGCAGCCGGCAACUCACCUGUCUGCUCUUCCCCACCAAGCCCUAAUACGUCCCAGCAGAUGUCCAUGCCCACCUCUGGCCCCAUGGGCUGCUCCUGCCCCAUCCACCUGUCCACCUUGGGCUACGUCCCUUCUCCUCUCCCAGGUCUCCACCCUUCCAGGCCCUCCUUGUCUGC